UGAGGUUGAAGCGCAGCGAGAGGCGGGAGGCGGGGAGGGUCCCAACGAGUCAGACCAUCAAGCCGCAUCCGAAGCCCAAGAUUAGAUGCAAAAGUAAACAACGGGAUAUUGGGAUCAUAACGUGUGAUCCCUAUACGGCUGCGUUUUGAAUCCGGGUGUGCGGGGCUGAGCGGAAAAGAAAAAGAGGAAUUAGGCACACGAGGGCACCUGGAGCUAGCUAGCUAGUAGGCAGCUACCGCGCCGCCGCUAAAAAAGCAUCCUAGCCUCUCCGGAUACGUUGACGCGGACUGCUGGGCAUAGCCAGUAUACGGAAAGGAAUACGAAUAGCAAUAUACAUCGAGGCCUGCGUAUCAACAACCGUCAGCCAGAAUGAGCGGCGACGAGGUGAACCCGGCAGCAGUGCCUGUUCCAGUUCAGGAUGUACAGGGAGACGGGCGCUGGAUGUCCCAGCACAUGCGCUUCGUGCAGGAGUGUAAGGAUGCCGAGCCAGAAGUGCUGUUUGUGGGAGACUCCAUGGUGCAACUCAUGCAGCAGUACGAGGUCUGGAGGGAGCUGUUCUCCCCCCUCCAUGCCCUAAAUUUUGGCAUCGCAGGAGACACCACCUGCAAUGUGCUGUGGAGGCUGCAGAACGGCGAGCUCCAGAACAUCCGGCCCAAGGUGGUGGUGGUGUGGGUAGGAACCAACAACCAUGAGCACACAGCAGAACAGGUUGCAGGGGGAAUCCUGGCCAUCGCACAGCUGCUCAUCUCCUCCCUCCCACAGGCAAAGAUUGUUGUUCUGGGCCUCCUGCCGCGGGGCGAGCGGCCCAACCCGCUCCGGGAAAAGAAUGCGGCGGUGAACGGUUUUUUGCGCUCCUGGCUGCCCCGCCUGGGCGCCACGCAGUUCCUGGACGUGGACUCCGGCUUCGCGCACUCGGACGGCACCAUUUCCACCAGCGACAUGUUUGACUUUCUGCACCUGACGGCCAGCGGGUACCGGGCCGUGGCCAAGCCCCUGAGCGAACUGCUGCUGCAGCUGCUGGAGGAGACGCCCGAGGAGAGACGCGCCUCGCUGGUCUGAGAGAGCCGGAGCAGGCAGGAGGGAUGGAGAGACGAGAGGAGAAGCAGAGGGGCGAGAGAGGGGACGGGGCAGAGGGAGGGAGAUUUGGAGACUGAAGUGGGGGUGGGGAAGUCAUACACAUACCUAGAUGGAGUGGUCACACAUAAAGGAGUAAAAAUAGCAUACUAGCAUUUUCACAUGGAGAAAGAGAAAGGGAGACCCUCGCACCCAAAAGACUGUCAGAAACAGAAACACUAAAAUUCCAACGAAUACACACUAAGCAAGAGGGAGGAGUGCUGAGAAAGAUCACAGCAGCUGCGUCCGCAUAGGGGAAGAGACAGGUGCCGGGACCAGAAAGGCUGGUGAACCCGAUCUGAGCCCAGGAGGAGAGGUGGAAGCAUCUUCUUGACGACCUGUUCUGCCAGACUCUGGAAUGUCCACUGACCUGUGUGGCAGCUGUCCUGGAACCGCACAAUUGGAGGCACUCCAGGCUGUCUCAGCAUCAUAAGGCCCUGCUCUGAAGAGUGUAGCGAGAGUAAAAACAAACAUGAAACCCACUGCUGAACGUGGCUUCAAGAGCAAAAAAGAAAUGGAGUAAAAAGGGAGGAAUUUCAAGGAAAAGGGGGAAGGCUUGUCACUUGACAUCAUGCGAGUCAGUGAGCCAGAGAGGACCGUGGAAAUGGACUGCACCACUGGAAUGAAUGGUGAAGACGGUGGAUAUCCAGCACCACACCCCAGAGGAUGGGACCACACGCUGUCCUCUGCACUUGUGUCAAGCUCAAUUUCGUAUACAAGUCUGUCUCUUUACAAUCCCUACUCCCCCACACAGAAGAGUGCCCUCUUCGCACUGUGCAACUAUUUCAGCCUAUCUCAGCCCCUGCCCCCUUUCUCUCUCUCUGGUUCUUAUUGCCGAUAUAUAGUUAUCGGUCAUAGUGCAUCUUUUUUUUUCCAGUCCUGUCUCCAACGCAUCUUUUAACACAUGCUGUCUUGUUCCAGCCUCCUUUGUGUGGCAAGCCUUUGUGCUUCUUUCUGUCUGAAGCUUAAGGCAUCUCACUUCUCCUGCCCUCUCGGAAUGUGUGUUGUGUGCAAGCACCAAUCGACAUUCCACUCUUAAAAGGACUACGCCUGUGUGAGUGUGUGUGUGUGUGCGAAUGAGAGAAGUUGUGUACAUACAGUAUAUAUAAAUAUUCAGCCCCAGCUGUUUCCUCUGUGGUAGAACAUUGUGCUGUGUAAUGUGAGGUUGGGUAGGUGUCCCCAAUGUUGUGUGUGUGGGCAAGUGUGGGUGGAUGUCCCCACAUUGCGCGUCUGUGUUCAGUGCAGAGUCUCUGUGCUAACUGGGCUUUUUGUCAUGUGCUUGACUAAAGAGAGCAUUCCAAUAAAGAACC